AUGUCCGAACCCCAGAAAGUCCUGCGUCUCGCGGGCUCCUACUACAAGCUCGACCAUGUGUCCGAGGAGGAGUUCCACAAUUUCAUCUCCCGAGACCACGCCGUAAAAGCAGCCAAGAUCCAUGAAAGACACGGCAUUCUUCACUACCAGUUGGAGCAGGCCCAAACCAUGGUCCAACAGGGGUUCAAGGUGGUUACCUGCCAGCGGUUUUUCCCGUCCCGAAAAGGGUCCCAUUAUAUCUGGGUGCGGUGCCCAAACCAGCAGCCCAAGGAGCAACCCAGGACAGCACCCGCCCACCACAUCUGGGCCGCAGCCAGUGAGCUCACCAAUGCCAACCCAUGGCUGCGGAUGACGGGCUGGCCAGAUUAUUUAAAGGACGUCGCGGAUAAAGAUAUGCGUGACUGCAUGGCAGCACCAAAGGAAGAUACCAUGGAUGCGACUGAGCAGCGCGUGCUAGUGAUCUGGGACAUCAUGGAGGAGGUCACUCAAAAAGCCCAGAAGACAGUCCAACAAUGUGGUCAAGCCAUCCGCAUGGAAGCCGUUCGG